AUGUUUUCGACAGUACUGCGAGCUACCAGGUUACUCUCUCCGAAAGUCUGGUCGAGACUACAGUCAACCGCUAGCAAUUGCGAGUCUCUGGAACUCCACCCGUUACUGAUCAAGAGAGCUGAGAAAUAUGUUGAGGAGCUACUAGUUCUGGAACAGCGAAUGGCUCAUGGUUCUAUAGGAUUUGAUGUUGAGCGUGAGAAGCACUUCUCAAGACUUUCAGCCGUAGUAGACUCCUUCAGAAAGUAUGCAAGUGAGAUCGCGACGCUCAAAGAACUGCAGGCUAUGGUUGACGAAGAUCCGAGUCUAAGGGAAGAAGCAGAACAAGAAAUGGUUGAUAUCAAACCGGUAUUAACCAAGACUUCUAACGCCCUUCUGUCACAACUUUUGCCACAGCAUCCGUUCGCAGAUGCACCUUGUAUUUUAGAGAUUAGGCCUGGUGUAGGAGGAAUCGAAGCAAUGAUUUUCGCCCAGGAUCUACUAAACAUGUACACUAACUAUGCUCACAACAAGCGAUGGAAGUAUCAUCUCAUUUCACACAAUGAAAACGAAAGCGGUUCUGGAAUCGUCGAUGCUAUUCUUUCUAUUGACGAGCCACGCGCAUAUGACAAACUUCGAUUUGAAGCCGGUGUUCAUAGAGUGCAGCGCAUUCCGGCCACAGAAACUAAAGGUCGGACUCAUACGUCGACAGCGGCUGUCAUUGUAUUACCCAAAAUUGCGGAAGAUUCAGAGAAGGAAGCCGACUCCUACGAAAGAACAUUCAAGCCCGAUGAGAUUCGAAUCGAUGUGAUGAGGGCCCGUGGUAAAGGUGGACAGCAUGUCAAUACCACGGACUCUGCAGUACGACUCACUCACUACCCCUCUGGGAUUGUAAUCAAUAUGCAAAACGAACGUUCUCAGCACAAGAAUAAAGCGAAGGCGUUUGCCAUAUUGCGAGCUAGACUAGCAGAGCUGGAACAAAAAGAGAAAGAGGAGAAAGGCAGAGCCGCUAGAAAAGGACAGGUUACCACCACGGAUCGUUCCGACAAGGUCAGAACCUACAACUUCCCUCAAAAUCGGGUCACAGAUCACAGGUGCGGAUUUAACCUUCAUGAUAUGGAGGGAAUAAUGGCCGGAGAACGCUUAGAUGAUGUAAUAGAGGCUAUGCAAUCCUUUGACAGCGAUAGCCGAGCUAAAGAGCUUCUCGACCAAGUCGAAAACUCGAAUUAG